AUGGCCUCAUGGAAGAAGACCAUCGCAUCCCCAUUCAAAAAAGCUUGCACUUUCUUUAACCAGCAACCACCAAGGGACCAUAAGAAGUCUCAGACAGGUGUGUCAGAGCAAGAGAACAGAAUAAUGGAUCUGCACGGUGAAGUAAUGGCAUGUGGUUAUGAAGAUGUUCAAGUUAUGUGGUCUAUCCUUGAUAAGUCAAAAUCUACAACCUGCAAUAUAACUUCUUCAUGACAUGAGCCUACUCUUUCCCUUCUCCUUUCAUCU